UUAUUAUGCAAUGGUUCUUUAUCUGAUCAAUUUACCAUUAUUUGUCAGUCAGCUGACUUAUCUUAUGACAAGUUGUUCAGUUUGGGAAAACUCGUCCAUAAUCGCGAUAGUUGAGUGGGUGAGGUUCCAAGAGAAACAUAACAUCCAUCCACAAAUAUGUCGAAAGUAAGGAUCGGAGAUGAAGAGAAGGAAGGGCAGUAUGGUUAUGUCCAUGCUGUCUCAGGUCCAGUCGUUACUGCUGAGAAAAUGUCUGGUUCUGCUAUGUACGAACUGGUACGUGUCGGAUACUAUGAGCUGGUAGGAGAAAUCAUUAGAUUGGAAGGUGACAUGGCUACUAUUCAGGUAUACGAAGAAACAUCAGGUGUAACUGUUGGUGAUCCAGUAUUAAGAACUGGUAAACCACUUUCAGUAGAACUUGGACCUGGUAUUAUGGGUUCCAUUUUUGAUGGUAUCCAACGUCCAUUGAAAGACAUUUGUGACGCUACUGAUAGUAUUUACAUCCCCAAGGGUAUUAAUGUACCUUCUUUAUCGAGAACAGCAAAAUGGGACUUCAACCCAAUCAACAUCAAGUUGGGAUCUCACUUAACUGGAGGUGAUAUAUAUGGUCUAGUUCAUGAAAACACCCUUGUCAAACACAAAAUGAUUCUGCCUCCUAGAGCUAAGGGUACUGUAACCUACAUUGCAGAACCAGGAAACUACACUGUUGAUGAAGUAGUAUUGGAAACUGAAUUUGAUGGUGAUCGUACCAAAUAUACUAUGUUGCAAGUAUGGCCUGUACGUCAAGCAAGGCCAGUCAGUGAAAAAUUACCUGCCAACCAUCCUCUGCUUACAGGACAGCGUGUACUUGAUGCUCUUUUCCCAUGUGUACAGGGUGGUACUACUGCCAUUCCCGGAGCUUUCGGUUGUGGAAAAACUGUAAUUUCACAAUCUCUUUCCAAAUAUUCCAACUCUGAUGUCAUUAUCUACGUCGGUUGCGGAGAAAGAGGUAACGAAAUGUCUGAAGUAUUGAGAGAUUUCCCUGAAUUGACUGUUGAAAUUGACGGGCACACUGAAUCUAUUAUGAAACGUACCGCAUUGGUCGCCAACACAUCUAACAUGCCUGUAGCUGCUCGUGAAGCUUCUAUCUAUACUGGUAUUACUCUUUCUGAAUACUUCCGUGAUAUGGGUUACAACGUAUCUAUGAUGGCUGACUCGACAUCACGUUGGGCCGAAGCUUUGAGAGAAAUUUCAGGUCGUUUGGCUGAAAUGCCUGCCGAUUCCGGUUAUCCGGCUUACUUAGGUGCCCGUUUGGCUUCCUUCUACGAACGUGCUGGUCGCGUUAAAUGUUUAGGUAAUCCAGACAGAGAAGGAUCCGUUUCAAUUGUAGGAGCCGUAUCACCUCCUGGUGGUGAUUUCUCAGAUCCUGUUACCACUGCUACUCUUGGUAUUGUACAGGUGUUCUGGGGUUUGGACAAGAAACUUGCCCAACGUAAGCACUUCCCUUCAGUAGACUGGCUUGGAUCAUAUUCCAAAUAUUUAAGAGCAUUGGACGACUUUUAUGACAAAAACUUCCAAGAGUUUAUUCCUCUUAGAACCAAAGUUAAGGAAAUUCUUCAGGAAGAAGAUGAUCUAGCCGAAAUUGUGCAGCUGGUAGGUAAAGCAUCUCUGGCAGAAACGGACAAAAUCACCUUGGAAAUUGCCAGGCUUCUUAAAGAAGAUUUCUUGCAACAAAACUCAUACUCUUCUUAUGACAGAUUCUGUCCAUUCUAUAAAACUGUCGGUAUGUUGAGAAACAUGAUCGGUUUGUACGACAUGGCGAGACACGCUGUAGAAUCAACCGCACAAUCAGAAAAUAAGAUCACUUGGAACGUAAUAAGAGAUUCAAUGAGUGGAAUUUUAUAUCAACUUAGCAGUAUGAAAUUUAAGGAUCCCGUAAAAGAUGGUGAAGCUAAAAUCAAGGCAGAUUUUGAUCAAUUAUAUGAAGAUAUUCAGCAGGCCUUCAGAAACUUAGAAGAUUAAAUCUUUUUAAGGAAAUUUUCCUAUUUUGUUCAUCAGUGUAAGUUUAAAAAUAUAGCGAUAUUUAUCAAAAAGAAUAAUAAGGCCUCUAUCCCUCACUUCUGUGAAUAUUAAUAUGGCCGUACUAAUGAUAGUAACUAAAGAUAGGUUUUCUCUUUUUUGAUAUUAUCCUGUACAAAAUAAAUUAUGUAAAUUGUUGAAUAUGUGUAUAGUUUUUUUGGGUGAGGGUACAGUGCUUAUUAAAUACUUUUUAAACAUUUUUCCCGCCAUUCCAAUUACUAUUAAGUUUUUUCGUUUUAAUACUUUUUUAAAUAUACAGGUGCUUAAUAUCGUUUAUAUUUUCAGUAUUACUUGGUUUUCUUCAUGUAAAUUGUUUUAAAUUUUUCUUUUACCCUUUUAAUCUUGUAUAUUACAUUACCCAAUUAAAGUUAAUUGUACAGAUUAAGAUAAACGAGUAUCUUAUAACAUCUAUUAGAUUGUUAGAAUCAAUAAAUGUAGUGUAAUUGUUCUGUUUUGAACAAAUAAAUGCAUCAUUAUUGUUGUUU